UGGUUAUGCUUUAUAAUGUAAACAUCUCUUUUAAGAAGCACAAUGAGUCCUGAAUUUGUUGUUUGUUUUUUCGAUUGUGAGCCGCCGAGCGCCCUCUAGAGGACACAGCCUCUGGAGCAACACAGUCAACGGCAUUCAUCUCCCAAAUGUUCAACACCACAGUUAGUUUCCUCGAACAAGUAACAUGAAACAUGGCUUUCAUCUGACCUGAGACCGGUGUGUCUGUAACUUCAGAAGUGUCCGGUCAACAGAGUCAUGAAACUGAGUCCCUGUCAAGCUCCAGUAUAUGGCAAUUGUGUGUUAACAGUUCAUCUUGGCAAUGAAGUUCUCCGCGAGGGAGAACAGAGCGAGGUGGAGCUCUUUCUGUUGUUCACGGGCUCCUCUCAGAGACAUCUCACCAGCACACGGAGGGUUAACCACACCACCCUUCAGGCUGUGUGUCCAGCUCAUAACUGCUGUGAGUCCGUGCCGGUGACCCUGUGUUCAGCGGGACCUGAUGGAUUAAUUCAAACUCUGGCCAGCAGACACCUGCUCUUCAUGCAGGAUCUGGCCUUCGACAUGGCCCAGUUCCUGGUGAGCGCCGUGGGCAGGACAGACGUGCUGGAGGAGGCUCUGCUGCUCAAUGAACAUCAGAUCCCCCUGCAGGAGUGUGAGAGAAUGGACCAGAGUCUUGCCCUGGCCCUCAGACAUCUCACACUGCCCCCUGGUUGGAACCUGCUGGGAGAUGAAACAAGGCUGGAACCUCAAGAGACCCUCCUGCACUUCGCAGCCCGACGAGGACUUUUCAAAGUGGCCAGUUUUCUCCUGAAGCUGCCGGGGGCCCGAGAGGCCCUCAACCUGUGUAAUAAAGAGGGGGACACUCCGGCGGUCAUCGCCCAGAGCCGAGGACACAUGGCACUGCUGGAGCUCUUCAGACAGGGGGAUUCAGACGCAGGAAUCGGUAUCGAGGCGCUCGGACAGAUCUCCUCUGGCACACUUACGGUAGAGCACCAGCCCUCUCUGAACUCUCACACCCUCUCUAUAUGCAGCGAGGCGGGCAGCGCUCCACCCAACCUGCAGGCUGACAUCCUGCAACUGCACAGAUUGAUCGCCUGCCAUCAACAGGGCAAGGGAGGAGUUGCGUUUCAGCAGAGCUCCGAGUCUCUGCACACUUCCCAAGAAUGCGUCGACAGCCUUGAGACCAGAGAUCCCUGUUUGGAGGAGACGCAGCGCAACUCCCUUGAUAUAAGAGAGCUGGGGUUCACUCCUUUUAGCACAAAAGAAAACAAAGCAUGUAAGGACCGGCUGGAUCUGUUACACAGCAGGGAGGGUGACGGAGUCUCCUCGCUCGGCUGCGAAACUACGGUGUCUUCCUUACACAAUGGCAACAGUGAAAAUCAGCGGGCGUAUGCUUGUGAAAACAGUCAGAGAGAUUACACAGAGCGAGAGGAGAGUUUAGAUGUUGGUGUGGUUAGUGCCGGGGACGCGGGAGAUAGUAGUGAUGGUUUACAGAGGAGAUCCGAGAGUGAGACUAUAAACUGCAAAGCGCCUUCCUGUGGACGACAGCAAGAGGGAACUGAUAAAGCGGACGACUUCAUCUGUGAAACAUCGGGUCAGGCUGAGGGGGAGAUUCAGCAAGAAGGACAAAAUUCAAAGGAGAAGCAACAAUCUGAGUUUGGUUACACAGAAGAGGCAGGAGAUAUGGGAAUCACGCAGUCUUUAGACACACCGGAAAGCUCGGAUGUUGAAUCUUGUUCUCAGGGAGCUGAGACUGAUGAUGAGGGGGAGGAUGGGUUUGUAGAUGCGUUAGGACUAGACAAGGUCGAGCAAGAACCACCAGAUUUACACUCGGUCUUGGAAGAUUCUUAUAUUGCGGAUGAGAUAGAUAGAAACGAUUCAUUGAUGAUCCCGGAGCAAGAUAUAGAAGCGGACUGCUCAGAACAAAGUUUUGCUGAGAGGGAAAUGUACGCUUGUCAAGACUUUCAUGAUGAACCAGAAACCCGUGAGUUGGAGGGAUCCGAGGGUGGAGAGGAGGAAGGUGUUUGUGGUAUCUUCUGUAAUGUGGAAGACAGUCGAGGUCCUUUUGAUUUUUCAAAAGCUGUUGACCAGGAUGACAACAAGUCGUUUGAGGAUGCUCAUGAAAAGUUAGAGGAGUUACAAGGAUCGUCACUCUCCGAGACAAAUGGAAGUCAGGAGAAGGAUGUCACAGUAUGCAAGCUUAGCGAAUUGACCUCAAGGAUGGUUAACAAUUAUGAGGAAUCUUCGCUUCAACUGUGUAGAAUAAACCAAGAGCUGUUUCCUGUAGAAAAAACAUUUCUUGAUUCAAUGGUUGAAGAAGGUGAGAAGGGCGAAGAGAGAUGUAUUGACACAUCACAAACUGAACCAGAACCUCACACGCCCACCAGCAAGGACACCUUAGAACCCGAUGAUGUUGAGCUCUGGCCCUCAGACAGAUUUCUAAUAAAUUGCGACAAUCUUCAUGGUAGUAACGUUCAGAUGAACACACUCCUUUGCAAAGCUCAAGUGACACCGGAGGAAGCUGUUGAGUCAUCUAUGCCUGAAGAUAUGGAGAUUGUGAAUAUCCCAGAUGACAGUCCUCAGGAUCCGAUGCAGGAUAUGACCUCAAACCAUGAGGUCACGCAGGCCAUAUCACAAACAGACUUUUCAGAAAUGGAAGCAGGUAGAGUGUUUAUGCAUACAGAUCAAUCUGGGGAUCAUGGCAUCCUACUUGCUCUUUUAGACAAACUGGAUAAGAAAACGGGGAUCUCUGAAGAAGACCCAAGAGACAGAGAAGAAGGUCCGUCAAAUUCUUUGGUCUACAAUGACCAUUUAGGUGGUGGCUUACAUAUCCGAGAUUCUCAGGAGGACAUGGCAGGAUUAUAUCCUAAAGGCGUCCAAGAGUCAGAGGUUGAAGGACAUGAGGUUGCACAACCAAUUAAUGAAGAAGACCUGCUGAAAGGGGCAGAUGGCUGUUCUGAGGAUCAAGUGGACACUCAUAAGACAACAUGGACCGAUGUGGACAUUGACAGAAACGCACCAGUGAUUCAUAGAGACAAAGACGCUCUGUGUUCCAGUGUUGCCCAGAAGAGACACAGCAUUGCAUCCCCAGAGAAGUUUCCAGACUGUCACAGCACUUCAGAAUCACUCACAUUUCGAGACUCCAGCAGCGACACGGAUGGAUUUCUCAGUCCAGACGCUGGUGAGGACAACGUCUUCAUAAAGGCGCAGGAGGCAGUAGGUGGAGGCGACAGCACCAGCGAGGUCUCCAUCUCCUGUUCCUCCACAGACGACACGGCCAGCGUGGGACACCCCAGCUCAUCGGCCGAGAGUUCGGAGGAGGUGCGGCACAGAGGGGAGGCGGCGGAGGAGGCCAAAGACAGGUUGACGGAGGUGCCUCUGCGCUCCUCUCUCUUCCGAUCAACAGUACGCUCGCUCUCUCCUUUUCGCAGACACAGCUGGGGUCCGGGGAAGAACCCGGGAGGGGGAAACGAGAUGAACCGGCGCAGCUCAGCAAGAAGUGCAGGAGAUGAAAAGCCUGUAUUAUACAGAAGAAGUUUGAGUUGGUGCCCCUGUGACCCCCCCAUCCGUCCAGACCUGGAAGACAUUAGAGAGCUCAUCAGUUAUAGUUUAGAGGGGCUGGCAGCUGAGAUGGAGGAUGGAAAACGCUGGAUGCCGCAGUCUGGUGGUCCGUCUAAGGAUCAGCGAGGGGUCCAGAGACAGGACAGUGAAGAGAGGGGCUCACUGAUGUCUCUCACAGAGGAGGGUACACAGUCGGAUCUGGGAGACUUCUGCAGUCCAGGGGGUCAGAAAUCAAGGAGGUAUCAUCCAUUGAGGCACAACGGUCCAUCCGUGACUCUUCCCCUCACCAAAUCUGUCUCUAUGUUUUCCAUCAACCAGAGAGAUAUAGAUGGUAUGAGGUCAUUCACCAACACAACCAGUUCAAUGGGAUACAGCAUCACAGAAGAGGAACCUGGACCUUUAAGAGGGGAUUUCGAAAAAAGCACCACCAAAGUGAGCCGUACGUUCAGCUACCUGAAGAGUAAAAUGUACAAGAAAACCAGAGAAAAAGACAAAUGUCGGGAAAAAGAAGCCAGAGACAAAGAUAAGAGAACGGUGAACGGACAUCAGUUCUGCUCAUCGAACACGCUUCAUCCGGCUUUAUGUCAACAGUGCAACAAAACGCUCAACACUAAAGAUGCUGUGAACUGCACAAUUUGCAAUGUAAGAGUUCACAAGGGCUGCAGAGAAUAUCUCCCCAUUUGUUCAAAAGGGAAAAUGAAGUUUCAGAAACAGCAGUUCGCUAUACCAGAAUCGACUGCUAUGCAUGGUGUCACCCUACGAACAAAAUCAUCGACAAUGCGGGAACGGCCCUGGUCUGCCAUCUUGUCCCCUGAAGAGCACUAUUUUAACGCACCAUACAGAAGACCCACCAGUAUUAUCCCCUUCCACAGCAGCAACCUCUCCAAAAGCAUGUCCAUUAACAAUAUAGCCAUGUUUGACGAAAUGCCUCUCAAAGGCUUGCGGUAUCUGUCUCAAUCCACAGACUCUCUGCACAAAACAAAUAAAGUCACAGAAUCUACAGAGUCUUUAGAUGAAGGAACUGAGAUCAUUGACGGGCAUCUGAUGGGAGAUUUCGAGGCAGACAUUAAAGAAUUCGAGGCAGACUCCUGGAGUCUCACUGUGGAUAAAACAUGUUUGAGGCAACUCAAGAAGGACAUCAUUAAAAGACAAGAUGUGAUCUACGAACUGAUUCAGACAGAGAUUCAUCACGUUCGGACGUUGCGGAUCAUGUAUGAUGUCUACAAUAAGGGUAUACUGACUGACCUGCAGCUGGAUGUUCAGAUGGUAGAGAAGAUGUUCCCCGUGUUGGACGAUCUGUUGGACCUCCACACGAUGUUCCUCAGCUCACUACUGGAGAGGAGGAGAGAAUCCCGGCUGGAGGGUUUGGACGGGGGCAUUGUGAUCAACAGAAUAGGGGACGUUUUGGUCAGCCAGUUCUCAGAGUCUAACACAGAAAGCAUGAGGAAAGUCUAUGGCAAAUUUUGCAGUCGACACAACGAAGCAGUUAACGUCUACAAAGAGCUGCACGCUAGAGACAAACGCUUCCAGGCUUUUAUCAGGAAAAAAAUGAGCAGCAGCGUGGUCCGGCGUCUGGGCAUCCCCGAGUGUAUUUUACUGGUCACUCAACGGAUAACGAAGUACCCGGUGCUGCUACAGAGGAUCCUGCAGCACACGAGAGAGAGCGAGGAAGAUUUUGAGGACCUGACCCGGGCGUUACAGCUGGUGAAAGACAUUAUAGCCUCAGUUGACAGUAAAAUCCAUGAACAUGACAAGAAGAGACGGCUGAAAGAUAUCUAUGGCCGUACGGACAGCAAAUCCAUCACACGUAUGAAGGGCGGUCAGAUGUUCGCUCGAGAAGAUCUACAGCGUAGUGGAAAGCUUCUCCACGAUGGUCCUUUACAGCUGAAGAACACUGCUGGCCGACUAAAGGAUGUCCUCGCACUUCUUCUGGCUGACGUCUUGGUGUUCCUCCAGGAAAAAGACCAGAAAUAUGUCUUUGCUUCUCUGGACCAGCGAGCCACCGUGAUCUCGCUGCAGAAGCUGAUCGUGCGUGAGGUGGCUCAGGAGGAGCGAGGUCUCUUCCUCAUCACCGCGGGCAUUGAGAAGCCAGAGAUGGUGGAGGUGCGCACCAGCUCCCGUGAGGAGCGGAACACAUGGAUGCGGCUCAUACAGGACGCAAUGCACUCCAUAGAAAAAGAUGAGGAUGAGGGCAUCCCGAGCGAAACAGAGGAAGACAAGAAACUACUCGAAAUCAAAACCAAAGAAAUGAGAGAUAUGGUGCAGAGGAAAGACGAACAGAUCGUCUCGCUCCUCCUGGAGAAGAUGAAGCUUUUCCAUGACAUGUGCGGCUCGCCCGACGACCCAGUUAAGAUGCUUUUCAGGGCUAACAAUGAGGAAGUGCCCAAAGGGGAACCCAUCAUGAUGGACGCUCUUAAAGAAGUGGAGAUGUUGCAGACGCUGGUGAACAGCAGUCUGGGAGGGGCGGUGGGUCAGCAGGUGGUCUGUGCCCAGGGGAACGUGGGGCCUGUGUGUCUGCCCCGCAGAGCCGAGACCUUCGGAGGAUUUGAUAGCCACCAGAUGAGCAUGUGUAAACAGAGUGAAAAAGAAGAGUGUGAAGAUCUGAGGAGAACAGAAUCUGACAGUGUUUUGAAAAAGGGAGGAAAUGCCAACCUGCUCCUCCUGCUGAAGAGAAACAGUGAGCAGGUCCUGUCAAGUGUCACCCACCUGCACGACCUCCUGUCCUCACUGCAGGCUGUUGUCCUUCAGCAGGACACCUUCAUCGAGGACCAGCGUCAGGCUCUGAACGAGCGCACCCCGUCCCGUCCCUCCUCACGCCCCCCCUCGCUGGUGGAGCAGGAGAAACAGCGCAGCCUGGAGCGCCACCGGCAGGAGGCCACCGCCCUGCAGCGUCAGCAGGCCGCCCAUGUCGAGGAGAAACGCCGCAGGGAGAGGGAAUGGGACGCAAGGGAGCGGGAGCUCACCGACCGGGAGGUGCUGCUCCAGGUGAGUGAGGAGGAGGUGCGGAAGAGGCACACCGAGCUGGAGGAGAGGCAGCGGGAGCUGCAGGGGAGGAAGGAGGAUUAUCAGAAGGAUCUGGAGAGACUGAGAGACGCUCAGAGGAGGCUGGAGAGGGAGAAGGAGCAUGUGCAGAGCGAGGUGGAGAGAGUGGAGCAUCUACGGCAGUUGGAGGCACGGAUUCAGCGCACCUCAUCCAGCACCUCCGAAGACUCCUUAAAGUUCCAGAGCAGCGGCUCCAUGGAGAAAGAGAUGUGGGAGGGCGAGCUAUCCUGCAGCCCCAGGAAAAACUCCCUCUCCAGGAUAGACUCCAAACAGAAGGGUCGCAGCCUUUUCUCCCUGGGCAGCAAAACUCAGAGCACAGACAGCCAGAACCAGAUUCCCUCCCGACUGCUCCAGCUGGCCACGUCCAAGGACAAGAAAGACAAGAAGAAGAAGAAGAGCAAGAAUCAGGCACCUCAGGAAGCAGCAUCACAACUGUUGCCCCUGACUGAGCCUUCAACAGACGGGGAUAUAUUUUUCUGCUGAUUUACCCAUCGCUCCUUCUCUCUCAACCAUUCCCCAACCGUUCCCGCUCUCUCUCUUAUGGGUGUUAUAUAAGAUCACGCUGGAAGUGGUCCGAAGCAACCUCUUCAUGGCAAAAUCCUGGAGGCUGGCCCUAUAAUCUCUCCAAGAUUUAACAGUGAAUUUUACACGAUCUGAUUUUUUUUAGCGUGGUCCCCCUCAAAGUCAAGAGCAUAAAUAAAACAAGGCAUAGGGCUUUCGGUUUAACGCAUUCAUUUAGUGUGAAUAUAUUUUAAUUCAACCUAAUUUAAUUACAUUAAUAGUCACAAAUAAUUCAGAACAAAUAUUUGCUUUGCAAGUCCAAAGUGUAGAUGACCUUAACAUCUUCAAUAGAUUUAUAAGUUUAUUUUUUUUACAUCCAGAUCUCAUUUCUAAAAGUAAUGAAGCCUCCUAAAACUUCCAAAAUUGUUAUUUUAGUAAUAACAAAGUGUUUCUCAUGACUGUAAUACAAAAUAUAUAUACUGCAAAGCAUAUCACUGUACUGUACACAGCAGUGUAUGUGUUUUAAGGUAAAAUAUUGUUUUGUAUCAAUGAGAAUCACCAUUGACGAUGAGAAUAUCUUUUUUUACUUUUGAUUUAGGAAUCAUAAGUCUCCUGCAUAUGUUUUUGUAAGAUUUUUACAAAACGAUUUGCGCAUUUAAAUGUUCUCGAGAAGAUUAGAAGGAAAAAACUAAUGGAUUUCUAAAACGACCCUUCGUGCAAGCAGAAGUUUCAGAAGAUGCACAAAUGGCAUUGCAGCGCCCCGUACUGACCGCCUUCUUGUGCGGACAAAGCUGUAUUAAAUAAAUGAAGGUUUUAAACAUUUUAACGGAGGUGGCGUACGAUUUUUUCUACUUUAGGUUGUCAAAGGACUUUCGUCUCUGAAAUGCCACUUAGCACUUUAACACUGCUCAAAUACUUCUACCCAAAAUCUGUUUUACAUUAGCAUUCCAACGCCCUUUAGGUGAAAACGUUUUUGUGCCAUUGUAUAGCUUAUCCACACAUUUCAUGUUAGUUUGACAUUUACGAAUCCAUUGUUUAAUACGUAAUGACAUUGGUGAAAGGAUAAGCGGUUAAUUCCAAAUUGAAAUUGGGAGGAUAUUUAAAACUACCUGCUGGACAGGUAACACAGAUACAUCCGCACGUACGUCACAUCUCACUCUUAUAAAUGCCCAUUUUUAAUACAUUAACCACUCUGUCCUCAAAUAUUCUUUUCACUCGAAGAGUCCACCUAUUUCCUCGACUAUAUUGUUUUUCAAAUUUGUUUGUUUAAUUUAUUUUUUAAAGCAGUGCAUGCUUUAAAAAACCCUCUCGUGCAACCCGCACUGACUCGACUCUGCCAUGAGGGGGCGGCAGAGAUCGGGGAAUAGCGAAGACCCUGUGCAUUUGCGUAACAUCAAAGUGAGGUCACAGAAGCAAUGACGUGCAAGAAUGAUUAUUUCCUCACAUGUGCAAAAAGGAAUUUGUCGUUCAGGAAAGCCUACGGCCUUACAGAACACACAGUAUCACUUUAGUCCUCAGGAAAAAGCAGAACGCAUACAGAUACGUUCAUAAAAGUUGCUUAGGUUUAAGGAAACGUUGAAAUGCACUAAAAUAUCAAGCCGGCAUUUUCUCAGGAGUAGAAUUUUAUUCAUCUUUGUUUUGAAAGUUAGGUUCAUUUGUAGAUUAAGUUACAUGUGUUUUCUUGCUAAAUAAACACCUUCUAAUAUUAUGUAAAUAAUGUUUGUGUAACAUGUUUAUUGUUAAAACUAUGAACGUUAAUUUUGUAAAAUGUGUUUUGUGAGACGUAUGCUUUAUUUAUCAUUAAUGUCUUAUGGCACACAAUAUUUUCCUCACAUUAAAAGCUAUUGCAAGUUUUGCCUCA